UCACACAGUUCUGGUCAUCAUCUCACUCUGACCCAAACAAAUUCAAAACUCCCACUCACUCCCUCUCUCUCACUCACUCAAUUCUCCGGCGAUGCCAGAAGAAUCCGUACGGUCGAAGAUGGAGUCGCUAAGGGUGGCCUGCGACAGAGAGAUUCGAACUCACCUCCAGAAGACCGAUGCUGCCACGGCGGCGCUUCACGACUCCCUUGCUACCAUCCACGCCAGAACUCGAGAAACAGUCCAGUGCCAAGGGAGACUUGGAGAGGCUAAAGCGAACCUGCGACAAGCCGAGGAGGAAUUGUUCAAGGCCCUAGCAGCAAAGACUCGUAAAGAGGCCAAGCGGAUGGCAAUGAUGGAUGCAAUUUCUGCUAGGAAAGCUAGAAUCGACGAGCUUAAGAGAGUGGUGCAGGAUCGGAGGGCUAAGAGGGAUGAGUAUGCUGCAAUUCUGAAUCAAAUUUCUGGAUCUGAAGAUAGGUCGAUUGAAGACAGUAAAGAAGAAACAGAAGAGGCCAUAUCAUGGUAUAAUGAGGUCCUUGGUUUCCAUAUUGAAGGCGGACAUGGGGUGAGAUUCAAGUUCAAACAUAUUAACUCAAAAAAUCCAAAUGAGGAAUUCUCCUUCACUGUUAGGCUCGCAAAUGAUGUGUACACCUUGUUAGAUUGUGAUCCACACUUGAAUGAGAUCAAAGGGUUGUUAGACGAAGCGAACAGAACCAAUGGAUUAUUUAAAUUUGUCAGAGAUAUGAGACAAAGGUUUCAAGAAGCUGCUUCUCAAGGAUUAGCAAUGGUUCUGCAUCAAGAGUAUUCAACAAUUUCUGGGUCUGCCCCAGCUUUGUCAGUGUCAACAGUCAGAAGUGAAUCUUUUGCUGAGAGUCAUGAGCAACUCCAAGUUCAACAUGAAAAACCUGAUAGACAAGUCAAGAUAUUUAGCCCUGGAAAGGGGAGUAAAUCACAGAAUCUAUCUCCUGGGUCUUCAUUGUCUCGUCGUCGCUCUCCUCGUUUUAGGGUCAGGAAAUGAAGAUGCAGGACAGACUGUUUUUCAUUUUAACGCGAGUACUAACCUCCUCAAAUCAGAUACUUCAGACCUUGAGUGCUGUUACAAAUAGCCUAAACUGACAGAAAGAAAGAGCAUCAUGGAAUUAAGUUUUGCAAAUCAACAUGACAGCAUUACCUUUGUUGCUGGUUUGGUUUGCUCACCCAGUUUGUUUUGAAAUGAUAAGCUGAUGUGAUGGAAUGUAGGGCAUGUCAUUUCCAAAUUCUGUAGUACUGGAUCUAGAUGUGUGACCGUGUGUAUUUCACUUUAUUUUGCAUGCUCAUUCGGUAAUGUAAUGUGAUCUGCAGCAGAGCUCAUUCAUUAUAAGAUGUAUCUUUUUAAACACAACUGAUGGUUGUAUUUUCACCUUCCUAUGUGAUUCAUAUUUAUCGAUU